UCAUCGCUCUUGCGCGCACCCGUGCUUCAGAUGAUUCUACACAGGCUAUGGUCGCGCACAGUCGAGAGAUUGGGAAUGACAAGCAUAUUCUCUGUUCCUCAGAACAGUCGGGUGCAACCGUAUCAACGUGUUAGAUCAAUGCGCCUGUCAAGAUUAGGCUUGAGGUCUUCUACUUAAAUCAUUUUCGAAAUUCACUUGCGCGACAAUAGUAGGAGCUAGGUAGCUACCUACCGCUAGGACAAUCGUAUGCGCGCAUGCAAGUCCGUUAGCCAGCUAACGUUAGCUUCGCGAGCUAGUUGUAUGCUUCAAGGCAGAGCAGUGGGAGCAUAGACGCCCCACUCGCAUCAUCAUCAGGCACGACGUUGCGUCUGUAAUCACAUGCGAUUUUCUUUGGUUUUCUCUUAGAACCAUGGCGACUGACCUUAUAAAGGGCAUUGUUCGCCUUUGCCUGAACCUUCAGGACCCGGAGCAUGUGGCGAGAUUUCAAAAGCUAUGCGGAGUCAAGGGGACCUUUCCCAGAAAAUCUGCCAGGACAGAGGAGAGUGAAUCGGAGCCUUCCCCUAACGGUGCAUGUGUCAAGCAACGUACAGAAGAGAGCACAGACGACGGAAGUGUUGACGAGAAGCCAAGCGACCUUCGACAGAGAAAAGACAGAAGUUCAGAAACUUCUAAACAGGAAGAAUGCUCGAAUGGCUUGCUCAACGGGGCUGCAAUGCCCGAAGAACAAAAUACUCUACCCGAGAGCAGUUCAAAAGCUGACAGCGAACGAGGGGGGUCGAAGGGAAUUGUCAAGCCACUUCGCAAGAACUCUCUGACCGGUGAUGUUGGCCAGGAGUUCAUUAUCGAGAACAAGUUCCUCUUCUAUCUCUUCACCUUUGCAACCGAACUAGGCAAUGAGAUGUUCUUCAUCGUUUUCUUUCCCUUUCUUAUGUGGAACGUCGACGCCUAUGUCAGCAGACAGAUUAUCGUGGUAUGGGUGCUGGUGUUGUUUAUCGGACAGUCCACCAAAGACCUCGUCCGCUGGACACGUCCAGCUUCACCGCCGGUGGUCAAAGUCGAGGUCUUCUACAAUUCGGAAUACAGCAUGCCGUCCACCCACGCUAUGACUGGAACUGCACUCCCCUUCUCACUUUUCAUGCUUACUUAUGGUCGCUGGCAGUACCCAUUUCUCUUUGGUCUGGGUUUGGCGGUCUGCUGGUGUUUCCUGGUGUGCUUAAGCAGAAUCUACAUGGGCAUGCAUUCUGUGCUGGAGGUCAUCACAGGAUUCCUCUACAGCGUCCUCAUCCUGGCCGUCUUCCAGCCACUGCUGGACAGCAUUGAUCAGUACUACUUGGCCGGCUCGUACGCGUCCCUGGUGAUCGUGUUGGUGCACGUCGGCCUGGGCCUGCUGGCCUUCUCGCUGGACACGUGGAGCACGUCCCGGGGCGACACGGCCCAAGCCCUGAGCACCGGCGGCGGCGCGGCCCUGGCCUCGCACCUCAACCACCAGCUGGGCCUUCAGCCGGACCCAUCGCUGGACCUCCUGCCCCUGGUCAUGCCCGUCGUGGACGCGCCGCUGCUGGGCCGCGCGCUGGCCAGGCUCCUGGUGGGGGUGCCGGUGCUGCUGGCCACGCGGGCCGCCAUGAAGACGCUGACCAUCCCGCUGGCGUGCCGCGUGUUCGGCGUGCCGGCGGACGACGUGAGGUACGCGCGGCAGCACGCGCCGGUGGAGCUGUCCUACCGCUACCUGGUCUACGGCACGGUGGCUUUCAGCUGCGUCUUCCUGGUGCCGCUGCUCUUCGACUACCUGAGCCUGUCCUGAGUCUCCAACUUGCCCCCACCCUAACCACAGCCCCCCCAUCCCCCCCCCCCCCCCACACACACACACACACACACACACACACACACACACACACACUCACACACUGCACCCCCCCACCACCUCAGCCCAUCCACCAUCCUCAUGCCUGGUCAGUUGCCGACUGUUCAAGUUGUGCCGUAGUCCAGCUCUCUCGUCCCAAAGCCUGCACUGGCCCCCUCUUCUGUCCAAUCUCCCAGACCCUCAUGUGUAACCUCAGCACGCUCAACAUGGGGUAGCUUGGCACCUCCGUUAUUGCCCAUAUUCAACAGUUCUUGCAUAGAACAGAAAGAGGGGAAGGGUUUCAGAGUGACUUCCAAAGAAACACAAAGUAAAGAAGACUGCAAACAAAAGCCAACUCAGCCAAAACAGACCUUCCUUGAACAGUUGAUAAAGUACCUCUUAAGAAGUAUUUGCUGUUCACAUCGUUUUUUUUUGUGGUUUUCAUUAAUGGUUGCUGGCAGUCCACCAGUAGGGUAAAGUCUUCUCAGAAUUACCUAUUCGCUCUGCCAAAAUUUGAAAUUAAAUGUGUAUUGCUUUGGUCCUUGGCUGGUAUUGAUUUUAGCUGAGACAUGCCUUCUUGCGGGCAUCUUGCCUACAGGUAUAUAACCUUAUUCUGAGCACCAGUAAACAUCUACCCUUCAGAGUGUAAAAAAGGGACACUUUGCCAUCUGUGGCUGCCUGUAUACAACCUUGAGGCCUCCAGAUUUGGAGCUCAGCCCGAUCGGACACCCUACCGCCAUCACCCCCCCCCCCCCCCACACACACACACACACACACACACACACACACACACACACACACACACACACACACACACACACACACACACACACACCUUUAAAACCAGAGCUUUCAACAGGCCAUUUUUCAUCAAAUCUGUAUGUGGCACCUUCCCCCGACUGUGCUGUUCUGUCGCGUCUGAUUCCUGUUUGUUUGACCAGAUCCUUCCUCAAGCCCUUCGGCCCCUUACACAUACACUGCGGCUGCGCCCACCCAUCCUGCGUCAUUGUGAUGCCCCCUCCCCCCCUCCCACCCCCACCCCAACCCCAACCACCACCACUCUCCUCGGACAAUGUCCUGGCUCCUUGCCCACUUCUUAAAGCACUGGCUCUCCUGACAUUGCACGGACGCCGACUGUGCUUUGAGAAGGGUGUGUUGAGCAUCUGGGACUGACUGGCUACUCUGUUGUAUACUGCUGUGUACUGUACAUUCUCUCCUUUGUAGAUGGACCAUUGUGAGCCUCCCCGCCACAUAUUGUGUUUUCAUGGAGCCUCCAGUUCCUUUGAUGUUGAAAGCCAAAAUAUGUAUACUGUGGGAAAUGGGGAACCUUUCCAAAGACGAGUGGCAAUUACUGUAUAUGUUUUUGUCACUUGUAAGCUCAAGUUUGAAAAGUGGAGUUUGAAUUGAGGGUGAAGGAACUAGGGGAUGGGAAUUUUCAGAGCCACAUGUUCAAAACAUUCCCGGAGACAUUCUGUGAGGGCCAUAUUGUGAGAGAGGAGCAGCGGAACUGUGUAAAGUGAAUGUUACCACAGGGCAUUCAUGGGAAAUGUAGUCUUAGGUUCUGCCGCAUCUAUGACUAGUUGAGGAUUAUUCUUUAGGCUAAGUAACAUCACGUGUGUUGUGGGCAGCUGCCUGUAGAAAUAGGUCUGUGAAGUCUGUACACACUGGGGUUUUCAUGUAAAGAUAAUUAUGUUAAUAUACUAUGCUUUAUGGAACAAUAGGCAACAAUUCAACAAUUUCCCAACAGUGGUUUCUUUUUAUUAUUUGUUUGUAUCUAUUAUCAUAUGGCUUGUGUAAUGUGGUUGACUGGGAAGUUCUCAUCUACUAAUUUUUGCACAACACACUCUACAUGUGCUUUUUUUAAUAAUGAUCUGUAUUUGUGCCCACUGUGAUGUGUGCUAUUUAACUUAAUUGACUUCUUUUUGCGUUAUCCCCACCUAAACACCCAGUAUUAAAGCCGUUGAGAUGAGAUUUAAGUUGGUGAUGAGGAAACGAAUCUCAUGACAUUAACACGCGACCCAGCUUUUGCUUCUUCCUCCUCCACACGUGCACUUCUCUCAUCCCUCAAUUCUUCCCCUCUUCCCUCCCUCCUUUCUUUCUUCCUUUCUUCCCGAACGCAGUUUCAGUUCUAAUCAAGACUUUUGAUGUGUCAUCUUCUGUGUUUUUUGUGUACUUUUUGUCACUGUAGCCAAAUAGUGGGAGCUUUCCCUCUAGCCUGAGACUACUUCCAGGGACCUAUUUUUGUAUAGGUAGAAAGGCAUUUAUGGCUUGAAAGGGCUACCUAAUAAUGUUGCAUAUAUACAGAUAUGAGUAUAUCUAAUGAUUUUGAAAAUAUAAGGUUACUUGCAGAUCUGCUGAUUCAACUCUUUGUAAAAUAUUGUCAACUAAAUUGAGGCAAUGUUUCAUGUUUGAAAUAUGUUGGUAAUUGUGUUAAUUCUGACAAAACCAUGUGUUUGCCAUUAUGUUUGUAUGAAUGUGUCUGUGUGUGUGCGUGCAUGAGUGUGUACUCGCUUACAAGUGUGUAGGUGUAGCAGUGUGUGUACUUUGUAUAUGCAGAUUUGUAGUAUUUGUUGAACUUUUGUGGUAGGUGUGGUCAGACCUUGUUGAAGUACUCCAAUCGAACGCCAUCUAAUUUCUCUGCUGACAUCUGCCAUUUCUUAUUGGUCCAGACGCCCUCCCCCCUCCACAAAUCUCCCCCCAGUGCCUUGACUCUGUCUCUCAGGACCACUCAGCCAUUCAGGAUCAAGGGGACAUAGUCAUUCUCCUGUUCAAGCUAUUUUUGGGCUGUCAAUUUGUCAUGAAAAAAAAAAACCCAGAGCAUAUCUAUGUGUAUUAAGCUUGUGAGUUAUUUUGUCUGAGUGGGUAAAGUGGCAGGCCAACAUCUGCCAUAGAUGUAUUUCAUUCAUCAGAUCAUCAUUUUAUUUGUAUUUUAUGUUCAAAUUAUGUUUAAAUCCUGGGAGCAAAUAUAUUUUAUCACAUCGAUUCCCCCAUUAGUUGUAAUUGAAAUGUGACAUGGUUUCCCUGAUCUGUCUACCAGCUUAUAAGUAAACAAGUUUGCACAAAGGGCUGCACCACACGACGAGCAGGCGGGCUUUCCUUUCAGCUGUGUAAGCACUGCAUUUUCAGAAAGUUAAUAUUUAAAGAGGACAGUAUUCAUAUCUCUGAUGUCUGAUGCCCUUGUUCUUCAGUGGACAUAUGAAUGGGUCUGUUCUCCUCGUCGGAAAUGUUUGAAGUUGGUUGUGCUUGUGUCUGAAGCUUUGUCAGCCGAUCUCUCUUAUUUAGGGGUCAUGUAUGUGAAGGACACUAAGAUCAUACUGACUUAAAGGAGCCGCCUACAGUUCUGGCAAAAGGUUGUUGAUAUUUUAGCAUCAAAACUCAACAACAAAUUAGAUUGCACCACUCCCUUUCAUGCUCCUGAAACAAUGUUUUGAUUGGCUGGAAUUGUUUUACGGCUUGGUCCAAGAAACGGUUUGUUUACCGUUCAUUGAGCCACGGGGAUGUUGUAUAAAAGUUGUAUAAAAGUUUGUUUUUGACGUUUAUGUGUGCUUACAUUUACAAACAAAAGAGUUAUAACAACAGUGAGUUAUUCACUGAAUUUGACCAAAGGCCAUAGGAUUAGAAUAAUGGACCAUGUGCAAACUUGUACAAAAAAAUGGGCAAACUCAUGGCUAUAAACUCACUGGUCAUGCAAUUAGUUUUCACAUGUGCUUUAACAUAUUUGCAUGGCCUAGUCUGCCAUCCUGAACCAGUCUGGCCCAACAGACUCUUACCAACCUUCUCAGAACCGUAGGAUACUCCCACCUGAAGUUUAUUAGGAAGGGAACAAAACCGCAGAAGUCAGUGUGCUUGUGUAAUGCUAUAUAUUGAAAACAUGUAUAUCACUUAAAUGGUAAUGAACCCAUUAAAAAAAUAUUUUUCUUUUUAAAAUUUUCCUUGAUUCUUAAGGGCAAAAGAGAGACUUUUUCAGCACCCUAUAGUUGUCAUCUUCCGUUGCUGCUCUUUAUGGACUGCAGUAGUCUCCUUUCUUCAACCUCCCCAUGUGACACCUGGUGUGGCCCCAUGGUUGUGUCUGUAUCAUGAAAGAUAGGCAAAGUGUUAAAGAGAUCAGGAAUAGUUGCGGGAGAUGGAAUGUAUGAGGGUGAUCUGCAUAUGCAGGUUUGUACCUCAGUGUUAACAAAACAGAUCUAUGUGUCAUCCAUUCAACUGUCUUGUUUGGGAAAUGCUGAAUAAAAACAAUAGCUAAUUUUA